AUGUGGAAAUUGGACUUACUAGAGGCCAAGUUUGAGGAUGUGUCUCCUAGAUACCCCCAUACGAAGAAAUUGUUAUUUGCAUUGAACCAUAACAACAAGUUGGCAAAGAAACUACCGACAACCAAAGCAGAAGCACAAGAGGAAAUCAGAACACUCAAAGCUCGAUACUUUGAACAGAAAUAUCAUUCUGGGUACACUAAGUUGGAUAAGGAGGUUAAAAAGUUUAUUAAGCAAAAGGAAGCUCCGGAUGUGUUUGUCCAAGACGACUUUAUACAACAAUUAAUAACUGCUAAAUUGAUCAAAUGCAUAGCGUCAACAGUCUUGACAAGCAAGCAAUUGAAAACGAACCCACCUCAGUACAUCCCCUCCAAUAUUGGAGAGUAUAUUACCGACAAGUCCAGUCCGUUUAAUCCGUCUCACUUUUUUGUACAGUAUUGCCAAAAUUCUAAAGAGGUGAAUAAUUACUGCUCAAACCUUUGGAAUAGCAAAGCUGUCAAAUCGAUUAUGAAUGAUAUAGAGUGGAGCUUCAAGAUGGUAAGGGGUAACUUAUCCAAACAAGAUUUUGAAGAGAGGAGGAAGCAAACGGGUAAAACUGUUGACGAUGAUAACUCGGAUGCUGAAGACGAGAGCGCGUCAGAAGAAGACUCUAAAGAGGACGCCGACAAGGAGUCUGAAAACGAGGACAGAUUAUCAGCAUUUGAUGGUAUGGUGGCAGAAUCUGACCAAGAUGAUGACGAUGACAACAAUGGUGCUCUAGAUCCAAAUAUCAACUACAAUGAGGUUACCGACGAGGAGCCUUCAGAAGCUGCGAGUGAUGAAUCAGACUCAAAUCUGGACUCCGGUGACGAUUUUUUCGAAGAAGAGCCCCCAAAAAAGAAAUUAAAAACAAAUUCCAAGGAUGACUACAACUUGCCUGAACUAGCUCAAGGUUACUACUCCGGUGGUUCAGACGAUGAAAGUGACGAUGUCGACAAUGAUGAAGUAGUAAAGUCAAUCACUCAACAACGGAAAAAUCGAAGAGGCCAAAGGGCAAGACAGAAGAUUUGGGCUCAGAAGUAUGGUAAAGAAGCCAAACACAUUGUCAAGGAUAGAGAGCGUAUUCAAAGUGAGCGUGAAACAAGACAACGUGAGUAUGAAGAGAGGCAGAGAAAGAGGGAAUUGAAGGCGCAGUUAUUAGCUGAAAAGCAACAACCAACUGGAGCCAACACAGAACCUUUAGGUGAACGUAAAGCUAGACUGCUGGUUACACCACCUACCGAGGAUAAAAAGAUUCAUCCAUCCUGGGAAGCAAAGAAACUAGCUGAAGAAAAAUUGAAAAACGUCAAGUUCCAAGGUAAGAAGAUUACUUUUGAUUAA